CUAACACAUGCUUCAGACCACGCCUCGGAUCUCGCAAAGCUCAACAUAUUGCAGCCAUAUUCGGACGAGUUUUGAUCGCAUGCCUACACAGAAACGGUGAGUUCUCGCUGUGAGUCAAUCUCCAGGAAACUCCGCAACCCUCAAACUAUACCACAAACCCCCAAAGACAUGGCGACAUCGACAACACCCUCACAUCCACACCCGGUCCCUACCGAGGCCCAGAUCUUCGAGGCUCUAAGCCGCUAUCCUUUUGACGCAGACUCCGAAUAUCAGUUGGGAUUAUCGGCGAUUCUAGGUCAUCCAGAGACCCCUGCGACGAGAGAGGAAUUGGUCGAGAAGGCUGACCUAGUGAGGAGCGCCGAAUGUUUCUAUUUUGAAAGGAAAUACAAUCUUCCCACACCAAUCGACGCACGCGCGUAUUCCACAUGGCAAAACACUCGAUCAUCAUCUCAAGCGCAGCCUACUUCACAAUCUUCGCCUCAAACCCAACAAUCACCUGCCCCUCCCCCUGCCCAUACUGAUUCGUCGCUCGAUGCUCAAUCCUCCCAACAAACAGCAAACACAUCUUCAUCAUCCACGCUUUCUCCCAAUCCCCAGCCACAGUCAACCGCAGAUGAACCGCCACCCUACCCGACCUCAUUUGCAGCGAUAGUUGACCUGAUUACGCGCAACAUUCCCGUUCCAGGCAUCGAAGAAAUCCCGACGACAGUUCUGGAGCCUGGGUCGAGCAAGAUAGAUAAGACACCUCGGAGACGGAAACCUUGGGAGAAGGAUGGUGCGGACGCAGUUACAGAAUCUGGGGUGGGGGAGUCGACCGAAUCGACAGCGGCCUCGUCGACAGUGGCAGAACAACUCGACCACCCAGAAGCCGGUCAAGCCGUCAAAUCAAGUGUGGAUCCGUCAGCUUCGGCAGUCCAGAACACAGCUUCCCAGGUUGACGUCAACGGCCAUAGAGAAACGGGAACCGGCGUCGUCAAUAUACUCAAGCCCAAUGCGAUCCCAGAUAGUGGACUGUUAGGCAAGGACUAAAAUCAAGUCAAUACAUCUGAGCGACCGAGGUUUCCGUCCGAUCCUGUAAGAACGCCAUAGCCAAAUCUGACCCAAUGUCGUAUUGUGCUAGCCA